AUGACGGACCCCAAAACCCCGGCAACGUCGGGAAAGCUGACCCGGAUUGGCUCGCGACGAUUUGCUGCCGUUCCGGCACCCGGCGCACAUGAAAUCAAUUUCUGGCUGCCACCAGGUCCAGUAUUUGUUUUGGAUGAAAUAGAUGGUCAACGUUAUGUUCUACCUGGCGAUGUCUCUACCUCCUCAACGGCAGAGAACAACUCCGCACCUGCAAAGUCUACCGUUCUGGAUGGCAAAGGUCUCUGCUGGGCUUUGCCGGAAUCCCCCUUUUCCUCCCAGCCGGCCUGCAUGUUCGAGGCCGAGCCCAAGACCGCCCGAGUAUCCAUACGUCUGAACCCUCAGACAUCCACCAGUCAUGAUGAACAUGCCCAGGAUACCGCCAGCGUGGUCGUAACCAUCCACGCCCCCAAUGCGACGCUCACUUUACACGCCGCACGACCCCACGCCGACGUCGAUGGCGGCGAGUACGCGCUCGACUUUGAAGGGGGCAAGGACCUCGCAGAUGCCAUGGCGGGCUUCUAUUGGGGCACCAUUCUCCCUUGCGUCGUGGAGCGGACCACGGCGGCCGACUACCCAGACGCCUCGGGUUACGUCAUCAGCACCCUGGCAGACAAGUACGUCGGCACCUACCCGGACGUCGACCACGAGUUCCAGAUCAAAGGCCGGCUGGCCGCUGGCUCCGCCGUCGACCUGCACGUCGUCCGCCGCAUGAUGGAGCUGCAGUUCCGCAUGAUGCGCGAGGACCCUUGCGGCCUGUGGCGCGACCCCUGCGCCGUCCAGCCGUCCGGGGAUCGCGAGUACCACGUCCGGCGGAACAGCAUGGAUCGUCGCGAGAACGCCGUCAUGUUCCUGAUCACGGGUAACGUGGAGAUCGUCGAGUCCGUAUGGCUCUACGUGGGGCGCACGGGGGAUGUCGAAUGGCUGAGACGCCAUAUCGAGGACCUCGAGGGUGCUCUGUCCUGCGUUGAAGGGUGCAUCGAUCCGCUGGGACGGCUGUGGUCUGACGUCUACUACGAAGACCAGGUCAUCAAGGAUGGGCGGGAGACCAUGGCUGCCGCAUUGGCGAUACGGUCCUUUGAGCUGAUGGACGAGAUUGAACGGCUGCUGAAGAGAUCUGACCGUGCCGAACACUACAAUACACUCGCCGCCAAGCUCGCAAAGGUCAUCGCAAAGCCCCUACCGCUAGGCUGCUGGGACGAAACUAACAAGCGCUUCAUCGACUGGGUCGACCGAUCAGGCAACGUCCACGACCACAUCCACCUCCUGGCCAACGAGCUCCCCGUCAUGUUCGGCGCAGCCUCCAAAGAGCAGACCAACGACGUGCUCGACCUCCUGCGCAGGGAAGAGAAGGAGUUCCAGAGGUUCCCCAGCUUCCUCGCCGCGCGCGUCCAGGACUACACCGACAGCGAGAUCGGCGACGGCGGGCCUUACGACCUAUGCGCCGCCGGGCGGUACUGGUGCUGGGACGCCGCGUUUUGGUCGUGGCGGGGCCGGCGCGACGUCCUGCUCGACCAGCUCCGGCGCGUUGCCAAGAUGGGGAAGAGGGAUGAAUACAUCAUGGGCGAGCGGUAUGACAUGAACCACGUCUACUAUCGCGACGGCCCUCCAUGGCACGGGGCUGCGCACUACUACGAGUAUCCGUGUGUCUUUACCUGGGUACUCGUAAAUGAGUACCUUGGGGUCAAAGCGAUUCUGGAUGCGACUGACCAGAGGCAAGGUGAAUCAGCUGGAGCCCCUGAUUUGAGAAUCGCCCCGCGGCUAGUUGGACCUGGUUCAAUCACACUUCGCCAGGAGGCAUACCAGUUACAGUACGAAUACUCUUUCACAGCAGUCGACUUCACUCUGGGUGAAACAGAUCAGACAGGGAAGUCGGCGGAUAUUUUGCCGUACAAAAAGACAUGCGGCCAGUUUAAGCUGAGAAACUUGGCGUCCAAUAAACGGAGGUUCGAGCUCGACCUAGAAGCCUUGUUUCCACAUGCUAGGGAAUUCGAAGUAUUACAAGACUGGUUUGGCUUGAUGCUGGAGAUGAUGUAG